GCCAUUCCUAUUCAAACCUGCUGUCUUUCGUUAACUUCCCCGGCGAUCUCCCUCACCACCACAACCGAGAAUGGCAUCGGACGGAUUCCGGACACUGGACGAGAAGUCUUUAGUGGAAUACAUAAAGGCCACACCUUCUCUCUCUUCAAAGCUGGGCAACAACCUCGAAGACCUGCAAAUUAAAGAAGUGGGUGACGGAAAUCUCAACUUCGUCUUCAUAGUCAUCGGUCCCUCUGGUUCUGUUGUCAUCAAACAGGCUCUUCCGUACAUACGCUGUAUUGGGGAAUCAUGGCCAAUGACGACGGAGCGUGCUUAUUUUGAAGCAUCGACACUAAAAGAACAUGGGCAUUUGUGCCCUGAUCAUGUUCCUGAAGUUUACCAUUUUGACCGAACUAUGUGUUUGAUUGGCAUGCGUUACAUUGAGCCUCCUCAUAUAAUCUUGCGAAAAGGGCUGAUUGCUGGAAUUGAGUACCCAUUGCUUGCGGAACACAUAUCAGAAUAUAUGGCUAGGACUCUUUUCUACACAUCUCUUCUUUAUCGUUCCACUACAAAGCACAAACGGGCAGUUGCUGAAUAUUGUGGAAACGUGGAGUUGUGCAGGCAUACUGCACAAGUUGUAUUUUCUGAUCCAUAUAAAGUGUCUCAGUACAACCAAUGGACUUCUCCUUACCUUGAUAGUGAUGCAGAGGCAGUUCGUACGGAUAACAUAUUAAAACUUGAAGUUGCAGAAUUGAAGUCCAUAUUUUGUGAGAGAGCCCAAGCUCUUGUACAUGGUGAUCUCCAUACAGGUUCUGUCAUGGUUACACAUGAUUCAACUCAAGUCAUCGAUCCAGAAUUUGGUUUCUAUGGGCCGAUGGGAUUUGAUGUUGGAGCCUUUUUAGGAAACUUGAUAUUGGCUUACUUUGCACAAGAUGGACACGCUGAUGAGGGGAAUGACCGAAAAGUGUAUAAAGAGUGGAUAUUGAAGACAAUAGUGGAGACUUGGAAUCUCUUUCACAAAAAAUUUAUUGUUCUGUGGGAUGAGCACAGGGAUGGCUCUGGUGAGGCAUAUCUUCCUGAUAUUUAUAACAAUCCAGAGCUUCAGCUGCUUGUAAAACAGAAAUACAUGAAAGAUCUGUUUCAUGACACUCUUGGAUUUGGUGCAGCCAAAAUGAUAAGGAGAAUUGUUGGGGUAGCUCAUGUUGAGGAUUUUGAAUCAAUCACCGAUGCUGCCAAACGAGCAGAUUGUGAGCGGCAGGCUCUUAGCUUUGCUAAAAUGCUUCUGAAGGAAAGGCGAAAAUUCGAGGCCAUUACUGAUGUUAUUUCUUCCAUCCAGCACCUCCAUUCAUGA